CCGACAGACGCUCACUGACAGACCCCAAACCGUUGGGGACCCUCUGGAACCAGAACCUGAACUACUGAGAGCAGUUUGGGGCUAUUUUUAUCAUUGUAUUUAGCUAAUUUAAUGGUCUGCCUCUGAAGAAGCAGUGAGAGCCGUUAACGAGCCGUUAACGAGCCGUUACUGCUGACAGUUGAAAGACUAACGGUCGGACUAACGGUUUUGUAGAUGUGACAUUUUGCUGGACUGAAUGGGCUGACCAACCAGCUGACCAGCAUCAGGCCCCGCUGCUCGCAAGGCAGAAACACAGAGUGACGCCAAGAUGGACGCCACCUCCGUACAUCGGAGUCCCAGAGUCGUGUUUCUGGCCACCUGAUGAAUAUGGAUGACAUCGAUGCCAUGUUCAGUGACCUGCUGGGGGAGAUGGACCUCCUCACUCAGAGUCUCGGACAGGAAACAGUACCUCCUGCGCCUCUCCCCAGCACCGACGACGAAGUCAACCUGUCCAUCGGCUACACUGACCUGAAUGAGUCCCUCCAUGAACUGGAAGACUGCGAUCUGGAUGCGCUCAUGGCUGAUUUGGUGGCUGAUCUCAAUGCGACGGAAGAGAAACUUGCAGCACAGAUGGAAGGUCUGAAGGUGCCAACACCGCCCUUGCCAGACCUGCUGCCGCCACCACCGACGGGCCUGAGCGUCCGCCCCACCUCCUCCCUCGCUUCCCCAUCAUCACCAGCGAGCAGCACCAGCAGCAAUGUUAGCACCCCGGCCUCCUCCUCCACCUCCCCUCUACCACCUCCGCCUCCUCAGUCUACAAAGCCUACUAAGGAGGAAAUCGAGGCGCAGAUGAAAGCAGACAAAAUCAAGCUCGCCCUUGAGAAGCUGAAGGAAGCUAAAGUGAAAAAGUUGGUGGUGAAGGUGAUGAUGAACAACGGCAGCUCCAAGACUCUGAUGGUGGACGAGAGGCAGAGCGUCAGAGAAGUUCUGGACAACAUGUUUGAGAAAACUCACUGCGACUGCAACGUGGACUGGAGUCUGUGUGAGACCAACCCAGAACUGCAACUUGAACGGGCAUUUGAAGACCACGAGAACCUGGUGGAGCCUCUCUCAGCCUGGACGAGGGACAGCGAGAACAAAGUCCUCUUUCAGGAGCGAGGGGAAAAAUAUGAGGUUUUCAAAAACCCACAGAACUUUUAUCUAUGGAAGAAGGAUAAGAAAGCUCUCAAAGAAAUAAAAGACAAAGACAAGGAGAUAUUGAUACAGGAGAACUUCUGCGGGACGUCCAUCAUCGUGCCUGAUCUGGAGGGGGUGAUUCACCUCAAAGAAGACGGCAAGAAGUCGUGGAAACCGCGGCUCUUCCAGCUGAGGGCCUCGGGAAUUUAUUACGUUCCCAAAGGGAAAACCAAGUCAUCCCGUGACCUCGUCUGCUUUGUCCAGUUUGACAACCUAAAUGUCUACUAUGGCAAAGACUUCAAGAGCAAAUACAAAGCCCCAACUGACUUCUGCUUUCUGCUGAAGCAUCCUCAGAUCCAGAAAGAGUCUCAGUACAUCAAGUACAUGUGCUGCGAUGAUGCUUGUUCCAUGAACCUUUGGGUUACCGGAAUACGGAUUGCAAAGUACGGUGCGUCGCUGUAUGAGAACUAUAAAACCGCAGAGAGGAAGGCUUCUGUCAGCUCUGUGUGGACGAACCGCAGCACUCCAUCGAGCUCCAAUCCGUCAACGCCCUCACCCACCAUCAAAGCCAAAUCACCAAGCCAGGCUAAUGGUCAUGCUCCCAAGCCCCAACCAGGACCUGUUUCUGAGGACUUGGACUAUCUUCCACCUCCGCCCCCAUCAUUGGAAGAGAUGCUUCCCCCGCCACCUCCAGACCCAGUCCUUCCUCCUCCUCCACCUACUUUGGCUAGUAAGAGUUCCUCAAAACCUGCCACCCCCCAGCGACACCUGCCAACCAACUUCCCUCUACCUCCACCCCCAAUGGAUAACCUCCCUCCUCCACCGCCGCCCCCACCCAACGACGAUGCCUCAGAGGCCCCGCCAGACUUCCUCCCACCACCUCCUCCAGCCACUGGCUUUGGUUCACUGCCACCUCCUCCGCCGCAAUUGAAUUCCUUUCCACUACCGCAUCCCCCAGCGAGUAUGGACCAGUCUCUGCCUCCUCCACCACCAGAUCCAGAGUUUUUACCACCGCCUCCACCUAUGCCAAUGUUCACAGGGGCUGGAGCACCCCUUCCACCACCACCACCUCCUCCUCCACCACCUGCUGCAGCAGCACCAAGAGUAGCGGUGCGGCCUCCUGGCUCAGUAAGAAAGAUGCCUCCUGUUCCGCCAAAGAGGACUACACCAUCGAUGCAGGGAGGAGGUGGAGGAGAAGGAGACUUCAUGUCAGAACUGAUGAAGGCCAUGAACAAGAAGCGUGAUCAAUAGCUUUGCAAGAAAAUUGCGGACUGUAAACAAUAGUACGAACUGCGCCCGCACAACGACGAAACUUAACCAGCAAACUAUUUACAUCCACAACAACACUGAACAUCUCCAAAAUGAAGCCAGUGUAAAUAAAAACAGACUGCUUAUCCUAGACAUAAUCUUGCAUGAAUUAAGUGAAAGGGUAAAUAUACUUCUACAGAACUGUAUAUAUUGUCACAUUUGCAUGGAGGGCUGUAAAUAGGGUGAAAAGUCAUACUGUAUAUGAACCUAGAUCCUUAAAAAAGCAACAGGACAGCCUCCACUUGAGCAACUUUGAAUUUAUUUUGGUGUCAAGCUGUUUGGAAGUUGUUAGCAUUCAAUAAUAAACUUUUUGUGUCGCACCUUUCAUUCAAGAAAUGCAGCACAAAGUGCUUUACAAUAAAGGAAAAUAGAUAAACAUCAAUAAACACUGGAUAUGAAAAUGCC